AUGGUAAUUUUGGCCGUGAAGAAGACAAGGACGCAUCCCUCGCGCGAAAAGGGGGUGGGCGACGGGCUUGUCCUCGACAACGAGAGCCAUGGAGUAGUAGCUAUCCAUGACAUGAUUGUCCUAUUCACCCUCAAUGUCCUUUCCCUUCGUCAACACCUCUCAACUACCUCCCUAGACUCCUCGACCGCGGCCUUUGUCCAAGGAAUCUCCAUGAAGACAAAAUCACUCAGCUCUAGCGGCAUGAACUCUUCCCCUGGCAACCUGAACUUCUCCAAUUCACUCUCGCCCUCCCUCAAAAACCACAACAUCCUCACUUUCAAGUGGCUCCGACGUCCGGUCGCAUUCCACCAUAUCAACAACAACAUCGGCGCGAAUAGCAUCGAGUAUCACAUCGUUGAUGUCGUUUGCGCAGUAGUAGAGACCAUGAGCUUUCGUCUCCGGAAAACAAUGCCUGAUUUUCGAGUCGAGACCUGCUUCUUCUCCAACGAUGUGUUUGUGCUUGUCGAGCGAACAACCCUGAUGGAGGAAGACGCAGUAGCUUCCGUUGAUAACACUUGGCAACCCGCAACUCAACAUAGGUGCUCGAUACGCACGUGA